AUGGCACCCUAUGAGGCACUAUAUGAGAGGAAAUGUAGAUCUCCUAUUGGCUGGUUUGAUGUUGGCGAGACAAAGUUUCUAGGACCCGAAUUGGUACAGCAAGCUGUAGAAAAGGGUGUAAUGAGAUUUGGCAAGAAGGGAAAACUCAGCCCUAGAUAUAUCGGGCCAUAUCAGAUUGUUCAGAGAAUUGGGCGAGUAGCCUACAAACUUGACUUGCCACCGGAAUUAGACGCAAUCCAUCUGGUAUUUCACGUUUCCAUGCUUCGCAAAUUUUUAGGUGAUCCUUCUUGCAUCAGCCCUAUUGAGGAUAUUCAAGUUACCGAGGAAUUGUCAUAUGAAGAAAUACAUGUUGCCAUUCUUGACCGUCAAAUCCGUAAGCUACGGACUAAAGAGGUAGCCUCAGUAAAAGUACUUUGGAGGAACAAUAAUGUAGAGGAAAUGACAUGGGAGGCCGAGGAGGACAUGAAGUCCAGAUACCCUCAUUUAUUUGAGUCUUCAGGUGAUAUGCUUGAGACAAAUAUGGCAGGUGUUGCACAUAUAUCAACCAGUGACAGUUGA